GAAAGUAAUCAAAUAAUUACUUGAUGUUAUGUCGAGUACAUGUCGAGAUGGAGUAGAAGUGGUGGAGUGAAGUCAAAUUGUAUUCAACUAAAACAGUCAUUUACUUCAACUAAGAAUGAAUUGAUGAACGUCAGGACCAAAAAUGUUGAACCCUGGUCGACACUGUAUAUUCUACAUCGCGGAAAGGUGUACUACCAUCGUAAACUUUACACACGUAACACGCGUGUGAAAGCUUUUAUGGUUACAGUGUUGCUGCGAGGAGUGAUAUUUGGACACGACUUAUUGGCUGAUUGAAAAUUGCAAAACAAUAGAUUUUACUUGUUGUGGAAGUGAACAUAAUGUCCACCAUAAAACUGCAAUCAUCCGAUGGCGUGAUCUUCGAGACCGACGUUCAGGCCGCAAAAUGUUCCGUUACCAUCAAAACAAUGCUGGAGGAAUUUGGUUUGGGUGAAUCGGACGAACCGAUUCCGCUGCCGAACCUGAGUUCGGGUGUUCUGCAGAAGGUGCUACAGUGGGCAGAGCACCAUAAGAACGAUCCACCGCUUGUCGAGCGAAGGCGGAUAAUCGUGCCGAUUAUCGACGAAAUUGACCCCUGGGAUGCCGAAUUCUUCAAUGUGGAUCAGGUAAUGCUUUACGAACUGAUCAUGGCGGCCAACUACCUGGAAAUUAAGGCUUUGCUGGAUACUGGAUGUCAGACGGUUGCUAAUCUGAUCGAAAAUAAAAGCCCGGAGGAAAUACGCGCAACGUUCAACAUAAAGAACGAUUUUACAUCUGCCGAGCUGGAGGCUAUACACCAAGAAAAUGAACUUGUCGUCAUGAAGUGAGCACUAGCGAAAACGAAGCGUCUUCCAAUGGAUUAGUUGACAUCUCAUGCAAUACAGUGUCGUCUUAGGUAAAAAUAUUUGAAGGCUGAACAUUUGUAACACUUGACGGAACACAUACAAUAUGUAACAAGAGGCUAAAAAAAGUUUGUAGUUUAACCAUAAUUAUGUGAAAAUAAAGUUGAAACGAUAAGUUCCAUUGACAGAAAACAUUACAUAGA